UGAUUACAUGUCUCGGUCAUAGAAAAAACAGGCAUUUUGGGCAUCACAACUCUUUCUCUACAAUUUAGAUUUGAGGAAAAACCCUUGUAAUUUAUUCCAAAGACAAGACUGAAUCAAGCAUUUUACUUAAAACAAUGAUUGAACAUGUAAUCAGGUUUAAAAAUAACACAAUAUUCGACCAUGUUUUGGUUGUAUUAUUUUAGUACUGAAUUGUUAAUCUGCUCAUGACAUAUUCUAUAUUAUAUGUUUCUAAUACUCGCUUGAAUACUUUACAAACAUGGAUAAAUUUAAAAUAAAUUCUAAUGGAAUUGUAAAAGUUAAGACAGAACCACAAGAUCCAACGGAUGACUGUUUUAUGAAUAUGUCAACAAAUGAUUCCCUUGUUUACUUACCUAUUCCUUUCAAAGUGGAGGCAGAAGGAGUAGAUAAUGGGUCGACAGAAAAUUAUUUAAAUAAAGUAUGUGCUGCAGUAAAUGCAAAUAUUGCUGAGAUAAAUGAAGAUUUGAUCGAUACUAACGAUAAACAUUUAUCUGAAGCAAGGACACAGAUGGAGGCUUUACAGAGAGCUUUAUCUACUGGAAAUUUAAGAAGGCCAAUCAAAAUAGAAAGAAACAAAAAAAAUAAAAUUAAUGAUAAACCUACUACCUCUAAAGAAAAGACUAAUCUGACUAGAGUUGUGGUUGAAAAUUAUAGUUCUGAUUUGGACUGUGACGAUGACUUACCAAAAUGUUUGGUCUGUAAAAGAGUUUUUAAUGAUCAGUUGUCUUUAGAAGAACAUGUAAAUAGUCGAUCUACAGGUAUAAACUCUGUUUGUUGUGCUUGUGGUAAAAUUUUCCGAGAUAACUCACAAUUAUUUAUUCAUCAUCGAAAACAUACUGGUGAAAAACCUUACUCAUGCAAGGAAUGUAACAAGCAGUUUUCAAUCAAAGGCAAUCUACAUAAACACAUGAGAACUCACACUGGAGAGAGAAGAUUUGAAUGUUCAUAUUGCCAUAAGAAAUUUAUACAAUUCGCUCAUUUGGAUGAUCACAUCAAAACUCAUACUGGUGAAAGACCAUUCAAUUGUGAUGAAUGCCACAGUGCUUUUAAAACUAAAUCACUUCUCACUAAACACAAGAAAAACCACGAUGAAAAUUCAGUUAGAAAAAGAUGUGUACGCUGUAGGAUUUGUUUUAAAGUAAUGAAGACAAGUAAACAGCUUUAUGGUCAUAUGAAAAUACACUCAGAGGAUAAAGAGCCCUUCAAGUGUGAGGUCUGCGGAAAGAUUUAUAAAUCAUUAUUCUAUUUACAAGGCCAUCAAAGGAUGCAUAUAGGCAUUAAGCCUUAUAAGUGCAGUGUAUGUGAUAAGGCCUUCUUUAUGUCGAGCCAGCUCAGAAGACAUGAAAAUACACAUGCAGGUUUGAAACCAUUCCAAUGCCACAUAUGUUCUAGAGCGUUUGGUGUAAUGCAGAAUCUCAAGAGACAUAUACUGACCCAUACUGGUGAUAAACCAUAUUCUUGUGAAAUAUGCGGAAAAGGAUUUUUAACUUUGGAAAAUAUGACAAGGCACACUAGAAUCCACACGGGAGAAAAACCAUUCUCUUGCGAUAUUUGCGGAAGAAGGUUUGCCCAUAGUACAACCGUUAAAGAGCACAAGAGAACUCAUACUGGCGACAGACCUUUUGGAUGCAGCAUAUGUAAUAAAAGAUUUGCAAUGAAUAAGGUGCUUUUCAAACAUAUGAGGAUAAGACAUCCAGAGUUCAAUGAAACUUUUGAAAAAGUCAAAGAUAUACCAAUUCAAGCAAGGUCACAAGUUGCCCAUAAUUUUGAUCAAGACGAAUAUCAAGAACCGGAAUAUAUAAAAAGUAUUGAUAUCAUCGGAAAUUCAGUGAAAGAAGAACAAGAAGAAGAUGAGAAACCACUGAUUUAUCCAAGAUUUCAUUCUAAUAAUAAUCCCAUCAAAAUUAAAGAUGAUUCCUUUGCUAUGGAUUCAAAAGAGUUCGACAAUGAGGAAGAUAAGAAACCGAUAAUCAAAGGUAUAGAUUCUGUUUUGUAGCAUUCUAUAACUCGAUUUAUAUAUGAAGAAUAUGUAUUGUUAUGGAUCUCUUGAAAUUGAAUUUUGAAAAUUUUCCUUAAUAGAUCCAAAAAAAUAUGAAUUUCUAUUUGAAAUAACUCUUUCUCUCAGGCGGGUUCAGAGAAAGCAUAAAAUUUAUUUUCUUUUUUUAUUUAUGGUUCAAAUGACGAAGUAUUGCAUUUAAUGUUAAAACCAUUUUUGACAAUAUCUAAACACAACUUUAUAUCACAUUACCUUUUGAGAUUGGUUUGUUAUGUGCAAUAACAGAUUAUUGGAGUGGAGAGAAAUAUUUUCAUACUAUCAGAUUAAUUUUGAAAACCCAAUUUGAUGUUGCAUUACGUUCUCAAAUUAGUUUAUUGUGUGUCAUAACAAUGAUAAAACGGCACACUAUUAACUUGGAGAGAAAUAUGUUAUGCUAUAAGACUUAAUGUAUCAUUCCACUUCCUUUACAUUUUUAUUGUUUUUUUUUAUAUUCAUGAUAUGAUUGUCGUGUUUAUUAUUUUUAUAAUAUUAUACUUGUUGGCUUUAAAUAUCGGAGCAGGCACUCUAUUGUAUACAGAACUUAUAUUUUUAAACUUGCUAAAUUGGUUUCAUAUACUUUAUUAGGGAAUGUUGGUUAAAUGGAAAACUUAGGUUUUUUGAAGUAUUGAACGAACGAAAUAUUUCACAUGCUUGUUUUAAACUAUUGUAAAAAAUGAAUAGAAAACAUGAUUUAUUUGAUAUAAUUAUGUUAUCCUCAACUGUUGCUGUUAGAGAAACAUACUGUUUGUUAUUAUUGUGUUGUGAUACAGUUUAGCAAUAAAAUGUUCAGUUAGUAAAACA